AUGGGUGGAGUCUGGCACCUUGACGGCAUCCUGGUCGAUCGAAAGAGAACGCUGCGUGAAGGGGCGUGCACCCAGCUCCGGCCGCUCUUUUCGGGGAUGGUGUUCACGCAGGUCAAAAAUGCGCGAAAAGGCGUGCUUGAUGCGCAACCACCACCACCACCCUCGCCAUUGCCUGCCGAAAUGAUGUUCGCACGUCACACAGAGGUUGUUCAUGCUACUCCUGCGAUGGUGGCCAAGGCGCUCCAAGCAGGUUCCUGUGGGGGUCCUGCUCUUUGGGAGGGCAUACAGGCCAGCGACCUCGAAUGGGCGUUUCCAUUGGCUGCCCUCGCCCUCGGAAUGGUCGAUGGGCAAUUCUUUAUUGACGAGCUGCCCCUCAACGUGCAGCUCUCUCGCUGCAGGAGGAAGACCGGCGCCAGUCGGCCGCAUAAGAGACCCUCCUCGGUUUCCUUCCGUUGCCAAUCAGCAGCAGGCGUGCGCACUGCAGGAGAGCAACCUAUCGCAUGGUGCUCAUCGAAGCUGCUGUCGCUGGCCAUUGUCCAAUACCACAACGUCUCGCAGCGCCGGAGUGUUGACGGGAGACCUUGCUCGCAGCAGGCAAAGUUAAGCAAGCCACUCUGCGCCCUCUCGACCACAAUAUCUCACAUCCUCAACAGGGUCGAUCAGGGAGAUCUUGCGCCGCGCAUUGCCCAAUUCUUCACCAACCCCUCAGAGAUCAUGCCUGCCGGGUCCCUCGUCGGCCUGCCAUUGCCCGUCGCAUCUGGUGUGGGGAGCUGCCUGGGCUAA